AGUCGGGCGUUGGCUUACGGGUAAUGUUUACGUGUGUGACGUUUUUGGUGUUUUAAUGCAUCCUGAUAAAUAUACGGGUUUGGGUUAUGUGUACGUGAAACCUCAUGAAAUUGUAUAAGUCACAAUAAAUAACAUCACUAUUCAGAAAGAAAAAUCACUUAAGUGAAUUACAACUUUACUUCAUAAGUGUAAACAGAAAUAAACUUUGGAACAAUGUCAGCUCCAUAUACUGGGCAACCUGUGUAUCCUCCACCAGAACAGGGAUAUUAUCCUCCACCAGGACAGCCAUAUUAUCCUCCACCAGGACAACCAGGAUAUCCACCUCCACCUGGUAUAGUUGGCGUGCCACCAACAAGUGGAGGUGGUUAUCCACCACCAGGCCCUCAACCUAACCAGUGGAUGCCCAUACCCUCAAGUCCACCAAACUGUCCACCUGGUCUGGAGUACUUGACUAUGGUUGACCAGUUGUUAGUGCACCAAAAAGUGGAACUUUUAGAAGCUUUUACCGGGUUUGAAACUGCCAACAAAUACGAAGUAAGAAAUAACAUGGGUCAGAAGGUGUACUUCGCUGCUGAAGACACCGACUGUUGUACUAGAAACUGCUGUGGUCCAAUGCGUCCAUUUGACAUGAAGGUACUAGACAAUGGAGGCAGAGAGGUCAUUCAUCUUUACCGUCCUCUAAGGUGCGAUAGUUGUUGUUUUCCCUGUUGCCUGCAGAAAUUAGAGGUCACAGGUUCAGGUGCAACAUUGGGUUAUGUUACCCAGGAAUGGAGCAUCUUGGUCCCAAAGUACAAAGUUGAAAAUGCUGCUGGGGAAUGUGUCUUAAGAAUUGAAGGACCUUUUUGUACCUGGAGCAUUUGUGGUGAUGUGGAAUUCAAGGUGCUGUCCAGCGAUGGAAGUGCAGAGGUUGGAAAAAUUACUAAACAGUGGACUGGUUUAAUCAAAGAAGCUUUUACGGAUGCUGACAACUUUGGAAUCACAUUUCCGAUUGAUUUGGAUGUUAACAUUAAAGCUGUUCUACUCGGAGCUUGCUUCCUGAUUGAUUUCAUGUUUUUUGAAAAAUCUAAUAAUCGGGAAAAUGACUCUCCAGGAAUGAUAUGAAGUUACUUCAACAAGGAAAAGCUUGAAGAGGUUUUUAAGAAUUUUUAUAAUUAUCAGCAUUGAUUUAUACAUGAAAAAAAUAAAUCUUAACCCUUUCCAGUCGGAAAUCUCAUCAAGUUUUACGAAAACCCUGUCUUCUCUCUCCUCAAAUUACCAACAAACUAUAAGAAAAAGUUGUUUAUUAAGAUAUAAGAUUCUGUUUUGAUGUAUAUGUAUAUUUUAUUAACAUUAAUUUUGGUAAAGUAGUAAAAAGAAAUCUAAACUGUUAAUCCUAAUUUUGUUUGCUCUUCCAUGCCCUCCAAUAUUUGUUUGUGGAGUAGAAAUAUCUAUAAUUUGUCUGCAUUGAUAAUAAUUUGUAGCAUAUGAAGUAAAAAAUGAAAUUCUGUGGUAGUGAUAUAUAUUUAGUAGUUAUUUCUAUCUCAAAUAGUGUGAAAAAAAUAAUUUGUUUUUAAAUUAAUGGUGUCAAGUAUUAUAAAAUCAUUAUGUUUUUGUUCAACAACUACCAAGCUUCUAAAGUUUGCAUAAUCAUAAAUGCAUCAACUAAAAACUUGUACCAUUUUCUUCCUUACAGUCCAGUUUUCAUAGAAAUCCCUUCUUUCCGUACGUAGACUGUAAAUUUCUAAAAUUUUAAUUAUUAUAUCGGAAACCUUCCUUGAUUUCUUGCCUUCAGAUAAUUUAACUAUGAAGUAAUUACUUAAGCAGUUCUUUUACAAAAACUUGUGCUUGGAACUACCUCCUAGUGACUAAACAACAAAACAUGUUUGGAAUUAUGGAACCUUACAUUGAACUUCAUUAAAGCAUGAGUUUAGAGAUUAGCAGGGAAUUCAUUCAAACAACUGUUCAUAAUUUUUCAAAGAAGCACAAAGAUAACUUUUAUAAUAAGAUUUAGUAAGAUAAAUACUAUCUGUUGAUGUUAGUGUUUAGUAAUAUAUAACUUUUUUUUUGUUGCAAAAUUUCUUUCAACAAAGAGAGCAUGAUGUCAUUAGGCCUGUGAUUGUAUAAUUGUAAAUGAGCAUUGAAGUCAGUAGUUAUGGACAUUGAGUCACAUGGUUUUUGUUUCGUUAUUAGCUGUAAAUUUUCCCUAAAAAUUUAAUUUGAAUUUAGUGGUCGUCAUGCUUUAUGUUUGAAGUGUGCACAUUUCAAAAAAAUUGUUUAUAAGUCAUUAAUGAGAAUGCAGAAUUAGACAGUAUAAUGCCACCAGGUUGGAAAGGGUUAAGGGAUCAUCCAUCAUUUUGUAUCAAAGUGUUUUUCUAAAUGAUUUCUUUUUAUUUUAAACAAGAAAUAAAUAUGUUCUUAUCAUUUAUUAUUA